AUGGGCAGCGCCGAGGACAGGAUGGUGCUCGAAUCUCCUGCGUGGUUCAAGGGGAUCAAGCGCAAGGCCGAGGGCGAGGAGGGCAACACCACCCAGGACGGCAAGGACGGCAAGGGCGGCAAGGACGGCGGCAAGGACAAGGCCAAGACGCUCAAGCAGGGCGGCGGCGCGCCGAUGAAGCUCAUCACACUCAUCGCACAGCUUCUCAUGAGCGUCACCCGCGAGGUGGCCGAAAUCUCGUCGACGGUGUUCGUGCGCUACGUCAUUCUCGCUGGCGGCGGGCUCGCGUCGGCCCUCAUCAUGACGGGGAAGUCUUACGACCAAGAGAGCCAGCGCCUCCGCCAGCGCAAGCAGAAAGGAGAAGAAGUAGAUUUCAAAGCCCGCGGCCCACCACACAUCCAGAUCGCAGCGGCAGCAGCCUGGUACGGGGCCGAUCGGACCAUCGCCAUCGGGGAAGAGCAGCAAAUGAAGGAGGAAGAAAUCAACAAGCAGAAGUUCAUCAGCCUGUGGCAGAACUACGUGAAAGGAGCCUCGGUCGCCUUGAUGUCACGCUCCGUCCCGUAUUUCCGCCUCAAGCUUCAGAAGAAACCAGAGGGCGAACCGCAGAAGGCCACGCUUCUGAUGAGUUUCUCGUGGGAGACUCCGCUGGGGAAGGCCAUGGGGGAGGCAAUGGAGGAGCUUCUGAGCCUCGAGGGAGCGAGUUAUCUUCCAGGGCCGGCCCCGAAGGGGCCAUUAGAGCGCGAGAUCAGCAAACUGAUAGGCAACGGCGCAUGA